AUGGGACUCGCUGAGAUUGACGGUCGCCCGGUGGCUAUCGGUGGUGACGACUUCACUAUAUCCGGUGGCAGCCCGCACAAUGUGCGCAAGCACUCUCGCCAGUUCACUCAGCCGCUUGCCACGCAGUACGGUAUCCCAUACAUACAGCUCGUUGAAGGUGUAGGGCAUAGCGCCAAGGCGGACGAGGCUGCUGGGCACAUGGGCUUGCCCGGCGGCGAUCUGUGGUGGAAGGGCGUCGAGCUUAUGAAGCGCGUCCCGGUUGCCGCAGGCAUCAUGGGGUCGGUCGCAGGCGCACCCGCAGCCUUCGCGCUUAUGUCUCACUUCACCGUAAUGGUCAAGGAUCAGUCUCAGAUAUUCCCAUCAGGCCCGCCCGUCGUGCGCCGCGCCAUCGGUGAGCAGAUGGACAAGGAAGAGUUAGGCGGCUACAAGCGCCAUGUUCACGAGAGCGGGCAGGUGGACAACGAAGCCGAGUCCGAAGAGGACGCCUUCGAGCAGAUAAAAACUUCAUAUCUUAUUUGCCGAACACUACCAACGAUGUCGCGCCGCGCGUGGAAACCGGCGACCCGCCUGACCGUCGCCCCGAAGAGCUGCUGA